UCUCUAAAUCCCUCUUCUGUUUGCUAAAUCUCACUGUCACUGCUAAAAUCAGAGCAGAUAGAGCCUGCGCAAUGGAAUAAAGUCCUCAAUAUUGAAAUGUGACAUUGCUCUCAACAUCUCACAUCUCUCUGGAUUUCUUUUUUCUCAUCAUUACUGCUAACAAAUUCAUUUCCAGACUUUGCACUUUUAAGAAGCAAUGGAAAAAAUCAACAGUCUUUCAACACAAUUAGUUAAGUGCUGCUUUUGUGAUUUCUUGAAGGUGAAGAUGCACACUGUGUCCUACAUUCAUUUCUUCUACCUUGGCCUGUGUUUGCUUACCUUAACCAGUUCGGCUGCUGCUGGCCCAGAAACACUGUGUGGUGCUGAGCUGGUUGAUGCUCUUCAGUUUGUAUGCGGAGACAGAGGCUUUUACUUCAGUAAGCCUACAGGGUAUGGAUCCAGCAGUAGACGCUUACAUCACAAGGGAAUAGUGGACGAAUGCUGCUUCCAGAGUUGUGACCUGAGGAGGCUGGAGAUGUACUGUGCUCCAAUAAAGCCACCUAAAUCUGCACGCUCUGUACGUGCUCAGCGCCACACUGAUAUGCCAAAAGCACAAAAGGAAGUGCAUUUGAAGAAUACAAGUAGAGGGAACACAGGAAACAGAAACUACAGAAUGUAAGAUCAUGCCAUCCACAAGAAUGAAGAAUGAAUGUGCCAUCUGCAGGAUACUUUGCUGUAAAUAAAUUAUUUGUUAAACAUUGGAAGACUAAAAAAAACUAUGGUUUAAUAAGCUUGAUGCAAUCUCAACCAAUGGGCAUUCUCCCAGUGAACAAUGCAACUAAACAUUCCAAUAUUAAGUCUUUUAGAGAACAGAACAUUUUAACCAGCCCAGAGCUAAAAAUUUCUGUGGUUGAUGUAUUACUGUGUGUUAACCUCUUUUAGAUGUCCUGCACAAAAUCUUUUAAAGUCCUGUGCCCCUCAAAAGCCUGCAAAUUUAUGGGCCUUUGAUGGAUCCAAUUGCACUAAAUUAACCUAUGAACACUGGCUGCUGGAGUCAUUCAUCAGCCUUGUCUAAGUGGUGUUUUUUUAUUUGCACUUCUAUACAAGCAAGAGGCUGUUUGUUCUACAGUGUCUGAUCACAUUGUUUGUCUACCCCUUCAUAUUUGCACAGUCUGACAUUCCCAGUAACAGCAGCAGUAAGGUAACAUAUACAGUUUUAAACAUCCACUAAUUCCAUCUGUGACAUUUUGACAGUAUAUGGGUUACAGAUACAUUUAUUUUAAGUCAGUUUUAUUUUUCCUUCUCUUGCAAAGAUGCAGCUUAUUGCAACUUGUGAGACAAAAGAUUUUUAAAAGCAGUUACAGCAUACAUAGGUUCUCAAACCAUUAAUGAUUCUUCCAGGUAAUUGUUUGCAACAGUAUAGGUAACUUCUUUCUUCCUCCAUAUAAUGCAGUAUGUAAAAUUUAGCAUAUCAAUAAUACGCAUAUAUCAAACAGUAUGUAAAAAUCUCUGUUUUAUAGUACAACGGUGCUAUUUUAUAGUUUGUUAUAUGAAAGGGUCUGGCCAAAACAGUAACAGGUAAAAGCAAAUAUGGAAAUAAUUUUAUGAAUAUUUGGUUUAAAUGACUAAAAGGGUUAUGAAUUUCAAUAUGGAUAAAAAUUUUCCCAUCUUCACAAAAAAAAAUCAGUUAUUUUACUUUUUUUCUUUUAGCUGUUUGAAUGAUGGUGUUUUCACCUAGUUACAUGAAACACAGAUUUAUAGAUGACCAGGUUCAGAAAAGACAACUAGUAAAAGAGUUCUCAAAUAACUUUAAAAGGUAGCACAUCAGGACCUAAAUUUUUCAGAAAUACCAGAAUUCUAUUCUAAUAGAACUGAGGGUUAAUCAUGUCCUCUGCUAUUUUAAUUCUUCCCAAAAUCUGAUGUGACUGAAUUGGCUGUUAACCAGCACACUGCAUCUCUCUGUAAAUCAGAAAAGCUAAGCUAAUCAUCAAAUUACAGAAUAGAAAGUCUUCAAGACGAGAUAAACCACAAUGUCCUUCAAACUGCUACUUAAAACAGCUUUUCAUACACUCGUGUAGGAGACAUUUAAGGUAUUUCCAGAUAAUAUCUGACAUAUAACCUUGAUACGUAAUGCAUUGAUUCUAACCUCAAUAACACUUUCUUCUGCUCCAUUUUGUAAAUCAAUUCAAUGCUAGAUUAACCAUGCAAUAAAGGUGGAUAGAUAGCUAACAGUGUCCUAGAGUGAACAAUAAAAUAACGUGAGAGAAGGAAAGAGAAUGCUGGGGAGAAUGCACUGUUCCAUCCCACGCAGAACUGCAGCAUGGUUCCAUAUGACUUAUUUCACCUUACCACCCUGCAUGCAGCAAGCUCAGACAAAGAAAAGGGUAUCCCUUGGUCAGCCCCAAAGAGGGCAUCAGGAAUACUGCGUGAAGGGAGCAAUCAGGAAAAUGUUAGAUCAGAUUUGUGAAGGCAAUAUUUCUCUUCAAAGACUCAAACCUGUCUCACCUUCUACUACAUACAUGGGGGUGGACUGAAUUGAUUAAAACACAAAAGAGAAAAAUCUCUGUAGAUUCUAUAUUUUACAGUUUAUCAAUAGCUUGUUGUGAACCAGACAGAAAAGGUAGGUCUUAAAAGUGUAUCAAAUUGCUUGCUUGUUCCCAUUUUAUUUCUCCUCAGGAAAUUUGAGUUUCAUAUUUCUUUCAAGAAAAGUGCAAUAUUUUCUUGUGUAAUUCUUUAAAUCCUUUCCAUUCCAUGAAAAGCAUGCUUAUAUGCACAAUACGUUACCAUCACAUUGUAAAACCAGAACAGUGAAUAAAUAAAAAAAUCUGCCACAGCUGU